UUUUAUAUUUUUAAUCUUGAAAUGAAUCCGGAGGCAGCUUCAUCAUCUACAACCGAUGCAAGCUCAGAUCCUGCUGUUCCUAGGAGGAAAUCAAAGAGACCCAAAUAUUCGAGAUUUUCACAGCAAGAACUUCCUGCUUCCAAACUAAUACUAUCUCCAACUUGGAUUAUAUCAGUACUUGCAUCGGUUGCAGUUAUUUUUAUUCCAAUUGGGAUUACAUGCCUAUUUGCAUCAGCACAUGUGGUUGAAAUUAUGGAUCGAUAUGAUACAGAUUGCAUCCCCUCGAAUGAUAAAAUUGCUUUUAUACAAAGCAGCGAAACUAAUAAGAGUUGUGUUAGAACUUUAACUGUGCCAAAGAAAAUGAAGGCCCCUGUCUACAUCUAUUAUCAGCUGGAUAAUUUCUAUCAAAAUCAUCGCCGGUACGCCAAAAGCCGAAGUGAUACGCAACUAAGGUUGAAAUCAGCUGAACAUGCGACAGACCUAACUUGUAAACCUGAAGGAACUACAUCAAAGGGUUCACCAAUUGUUCCAUGUGGGCUAAUUGCUUGGAGCUUAUUCAAUGAUACGUUCAAAUUUUCUUUAAGGAGUCAAAUUCUAGAGGUGAGCAAGAAGAACUUAACUUGGAAAGGUGACCAAGAUCGAAGGUUUGGGAAAGAUGUAUAUCCAAAGAAUUUCCAGAGUGAAGGCCUUAUCGGUGGUGCCAGACUCAAUGAGAGCAUACCUUUAAGCGAGCAAGUUGAUUUAAUUAUAUGGAUGAGAUCAGCUGUUCUGCCUACUUUCAGAAAGCUCUAUGGAAAGAUUGAGGUAGAUCUUCAACGCAAUGAUAAGAUAACUGUUGAAAUAGAGAACAACUAUAAUACAUAUAGCUUUGGAGGGAAGAAGAUUUUGGUUCUUUCAACAGCAUCUUGGCUCGGUGGCAAAAACAAUUUUAUGGGUAUCACAUAUCUCACGUUUGGUUUUCUGAGCUUGUUGUUUGCAGGGGGCUUCAUAUUUUUGUACAUGCGUAAACCAAGGGCUUUUGGAGAUCCAUCCUUCUUAUCUUGGAACAAAGUUGCAGCUGCAGCAGCACCAGCAGCAGCAGAGAGUUCAACCCACUUAGAUUAAUUUCACAAUCCUCAUGUAAAUAAAGCUUCAUAGAGUUUGUUCAGUAUCUGAGGUAUCAAUAACCUGAAGAAAUAAAUUGCGCAUUCUUUCCUCCUUUUCUGUAGAAGCUGUUAUCCACCUUUUGCCUUUCUGUCAUUGCCU